AUGAUCUCGCCGCUGGAUUCGGCCUCACCAACCGCCUACUCGACUCCGCUUUCGACCUACCAGACCCCUUCGACAACACCACCUGCCAACUUGACGCCUCUUCUGCCGUGUCCUCCUGUCUCUUCCACUGCUUUACAUCUCGAGCCGUCAACUUGGUCGUCCGAUCAUCCCAUGCUGGUCUCAUCUUCACUUCAGCCUGCGUCCACCUCCAAUCGGGAGGCUGAACAGACUUCAAACCGUUCCGGAGCUGAGGGAGGAUGUGCUCCCCUCGAGGGCCUUGUCCAGUCUUCCGACCUGAAUCGAACC